CGGCAUGAACAAAUACCUGCAGUGUUUGCUGAGCGCGGGGAGCUCAGAGCGGGGAUAUGAUCCCUACAACCCAGAGCUUCCCAGGGCCUCGCUGGAGACGGAGGAUGGCACCCUGACUGACCUGACAGACGUGACCCCUGGGAUUCUGGAGCUGGAGCUGGUCAACAAGGCCAUUGAGGCUGUGAAGAACGAGGUGGAGAGAGAGCAGAAGAAAUACGAGGAGCUGCUGGAAACCACCAAGGAGUUUGGUGCCUCAGAGGGCUCCUCCCUCCUCUCCAACUCGCCCGUGUCGGCUGCUGGGACUCAGAGCGAUUCCUUUGCCUCCCUGGAGUACAAUCCAGGGAGCUACAACUUCAACAGUAACUCAGACUACAACCCCACCCCUCUCACUGCUGCUGGCCGGUCGAGUAAAUACACUUUGGACUCCUCCCGAUCCAAAGGGAGCUCCCUGGAAUACAUUCCCAAGGCUGUGGUACAGAGUAAAAAAUACAGCAGCGCUGUCACCACCAACAAGUACGUGAUUGAUGACUCCAAGCCUUCCACAGACUUGGAAUACGACCCCCUUUCCAAUUACUCAGCCAGGCUUUUGAGCAAAGCCACGACCAAGGAGCCCAAGGGGUCCAAGAGGGAAAGGGUGGCUGAUUAUGAGGAUUCCUACUCUCCCUCACAGAAGAAGCUCUGUGAGGACCCCGAUGACUACGAGGUGUUGGCCAGGUUCUCCUCCUCUGAGGAUGAGGCUGAUGUGGAGUACAAAGCAGCUUCUGGUAGCUCACCAUCCAAAGCUGGCUCUGAGAGUGAGUCGAACGAGCUCUCCAGCAAAGAGCUGAGCACCAAACUGGAUGGCUUCGCUUCCCAGGAGAGCAGGGAAGCAGCACAGUGUGGCAGGGAGGACCUCCCAGGCUGGCAGAAAAACGUGGCCAAAAACCUGCCAGACAAGAGCACAAAGGCUCUGGUGAAACCGUGCUCUGGUAAGAACAGCCAGGAGGCUGAAAAUAAAAACAAAGACUCGAAAGACAAAGCAAAAAGGAAGAAACCAGACCUUAGUAAGACACCAGGCCUCGGUGAGGCCGGGAAGAAGGAGAAGAGUAAAGAGACAGAAAAGGGCAAAGUGCUCAAGAAAGAGGAAAAAUUGAAAAUCAAGAGCGAAGAGAAAAACUGCAAAGAUAAAAGCGUCAGGGCGAAAACAGAGGGGAACCUGAAGAAACCUGAAAAGCAGAAGUCAGAAAAAGCAGAUGGGCUCAAGAAGGAAAAAUCCAAGUCCAGCAGCAGCAGCAGCAGCAGCAGCUCAGGAAAAAGCAAGAGCGAGGGUUUCCCCAAGGGCUGCGGCUCUGAGAAGCUGGGGAGCAGCGGGAAGGACUCCCAGAGCAGAGCGGGGGACGUGAAAAACGGGAAGGAACCCUCGGGCCGGAAAAACAAGGAGAAAGGGACCAAGACCGCGGGGGGGGAGAGGAAGAAGGAAAAGGUCAGUCCUGCGGGCCAGGGGGAGCCCAAGAAGGGCCGGAAGCAGCGGAGCUUGAGCCACGUGGACCUGUUUGGGGACGAGAGCGGCGAGGACGACGCUGAGGGCCGGCCUUUGGCCUCCUCCCGGCGCGCCCCGAGCUCAGACUCGGACGGGGCGGGCUCGGGCUCGGCCUCGGAGGGCACCGGGGAGAGGGCACGCAGGGCCAAGCGCUCCCGGCUCUCCAGGUCCUCCUCAUCCUCCUCCACCUCCGACGGCAUCGACUAUUCCAUCCUGGAGAAGGACGUGGACUUCGAGUCGGACCCCAUGGAGGAGUGCCUGCGGAUCUUCAACGAGUCCACCGAUGUGAAGACCGAGGACAAGGGAAGGCUGGGGAAGCAGCCAUCCAAAGAGGAAGCGAACGAAGAAAAGACAGAAGAUAAUUUAACUACCUUGUUUCCUGGCCAGAAAAGAAGGAUCUCACAUCUUGUCAAACAGGGAAAUGCAGAGGCCCCGAGCAAGCCCGUGGUGAGGCCCUACCGUCCCCCCACGGCCCAGGAGGUGUGCUACCAGAGGAUCCAGCUGGCUCAGCAGCAGGCAGCACAGCUGGUUCAGAAGGCCUCUCUCUCUUUGCCAGGAGAAAAGAGGAGGAUUGCCCACGUGCCAAAUGCCGCCCUCACCGCAGCAGCCAAGCAAGGCCUUGGGAGCAGCAAGGCAGCUGUUGCUGGCAGGAGUGUCACACCUUCCAAUGACUCUGAAGCCCCCAACCUCCCUCUCAAGGCUUGCACAUUAGCUGGGAUGGCUUCCAAGACCACCAGCACCGUCGUGCCCAAAAGGGUCGCCCACGUUCCCUCCUUGCAGAGCCCCAGCUUACAGAGGCCUGUUAUUCCCACAGAAUUUGGUGCUAAAGUCCCCACAAACAUUCGUCAGAGGUAUCUCAAUCUCUUCAUCGAUGAGUGCCUGAAGUUCUGCCCCUCCUCCCAGGAAGCCUUUGACAAGGCUCUGUCAGAAGAGAAGGUGGCCUACGAACGCAGCACCAGUCGCAACAUCUACCUGAACGUGGCCGUCAACACCUUGAAGAAGCUCAGGAGCCUUGUGCCCAACUCCCCAUCCAGCACCAACAGUAGGUACCACACUUGUGGUUUAAUAACUGUGAGCCCUGCCUGGGGCAGAGCCCAGGGAGAGGAGGGUGUAGAAGAGCCAGCCCCCGUUUCUCAGCAGCCCCAGCUCAGCUUUUUAUAG